CACCGACGGCGAGGUCGAGAAGAGAGAGUGGCGACGACCCUCUUCUGCCAAAGACGACGACCGAACCCCCAUUUCUUUCUCUUUCGAUGGCCUUGCUUGUAGGGUUGUAGGGUUCCACCAUGAAAGGAGGUAGAUCGAAAACGGAGAACAAAAGGACCGAUAGCAAGCUUUCGGUGAAGAGAGGUGCUCCGAGCGAGAAGGCUGGUAAAAAGCUAGCGGCGAAGAAGGGGAAGGCUGCCAAGGACCCUAACAAGCCGAAGAGGCCUGCUAGUGCUUUCUUUGUUUUCAUGGAGGAGUUUAGGAAAACGUACAAAGAGAAGCAUCCUAGCAACAAAUCCGUAGCCGCCGUGAGUGUUUUCACCUCAUUUGUUUUAUAG